AAUAAUUUAGCAACAAUGUUGGGAAAUGGUAGAUUUAGAAUGUUUUGAAGUUUUUUAAUAGCAACAGUUGUAAUUCCACAUUUUAUUUACGAUGGAAAUCGCUAAAGCAAUGUUUGGUGACCAUUCCAGCGAAGGUUAUAGUAGUAAGGCAAGAGAAGUGGAAACAUUGUCAGAGGAUGAGGAAGAAAACAUCAUUGCCUCUGCCACAGGGGAAGGCAUCAGCAUUAGUGUCAACCCCAGCUCCAGUAACAGCCACACAGACUUUACACCCACUCCAGGCGGACCAUUCUCAGCACUUACACCCUCCAUGUGGCCACAAGACAUAAUGGCUAAAAUUAAUCACCCUCCAGAAGACCCAAAUGGACAGCUAGAUUACAGAUAUGACGAGUUUGGUUUUAAAGUUGAAGAAGAAGAUGGACCUGAAGAAAACUCAAGCAAACUUUUGAGUACUCCAUUUGUUGAAGAUGCCCAACACAGACUGAAAUGGACAGCUUAUUUAGAGUUCACACAUAAUAACGAAGUGGGUGACCUUACUUGGGAUAAGGUGGAGCCACGUUUGCCCAGGUCGGAAAAACUUCGGGGUAUGGUCAGACAAGGCAUCCCACAUUCAUUGCGGGGUCAGAUGUGGCUAAGGCUGUCUGGAGCUUUGGAAAAAAAGAAUAAUUCUGAUCUGUCCUAUAAGGAUGUUGUUAAGGCUAGUAGCAGUGAUCACCUGAUGACUUCAAAACAAAUUGAAAAGGAUCUACUAAGAACAAUGCCUAGCAAUGCAUGUUUUUGUAACAUAAAUAGCACAGGCAUUCCAAGACUGCGCAGAAUUUUAAGGGGCCUGGCUUGGCUAUAUCCAGACAUUGGGUACUGUCAAGGUACUGGAGUGAUUGCUGCAUCUUUGCUACUUUUUAUGGAAGAAGAAGAUACAUUCUGGAUGAUGUGUGCCAUCAUUGAGGAUUUGUUGCCAGCAUCAUACUACUCCAGUACACUGAUUGGUAUUCAGGCUGACCAACGAGUACUGCGUCAGCUGGUCAUUAGCUAUUUACCUGACAUUGAUUUGGUUUUAAAAGAGCAUGACAUAGAGCUCUCCUUGAUCAGCUUGCAUUGGUUCCUAACCUUAUUCGCAAGUGUUGUUCACAUGAAAGUUCUACUAAGGCUCUGGGAUCUGUUCUACUAUGAGGGAUCAGUUGUUAUAUUUCAGAUUACCAUGGGGAUGUUAAAACUCAAAGAACAUGAACUUGAGAGCUUCGACAAUUCUGCACAGAUAUUCAAUGCUCUAUCAGAUGUUCCAGGGGAUGUUGAAGAUGUGGAUGAGCUCAUUGAUGUAGCAUUCCGAGUCUCUGGGUCUCUGACUGAUGUUCAUGUAGACACACAUCGCAGGAAACAUUUGGCUUACCUAAUGGCUGACCAGGGAGCCCUGGUUAACCCAGAGUCGUCCAGGAAUUUGCCGAAGCAGCAACUGAAUAAAAGACAUUUAAGGCGCUCUCGAUCUUUGAUGUCAGUUUUAUGGGGAGGAGGUAACACUGAAGAAGAUGAUUUUGGUAAAGCUAAAAAUAUACGACAGACAGAGCUUCUAGUAGACCUGAGAGAGGCCAUACUUCAGGUGGCUCGACAUUUUCAAAGUCUGGACCCCAAGAAUUGUAAAGUGAUCCUGACUGCUGACUAUAGCAUGGAGAGUCAUGCUAAAGAUCUGGAGAACUAUGUAAAUGUUGCCAGAAAUAGACACAGAAGAGCCAAAGCUUUACUUGACUUUGAGCGUCAUGACGAUGAUGAACUGGGAUUUAGGAGGAAUGAUAUAAUUACUAUCAUAUCCCAGAAAGAUGAGCAUUGUUGGAUUGGUGAACUCAAUGGGUUAAGGGGAUGGUUUCCUGCCAAAUUUGUGGAGGUCUUGGAUGAGAGAAGUAAGAACUACUCAUCAGCAGGAGAUGAUUCAGUCACAGAGGCAAUCACUGAUUUGGUUAGAGGAACGUUAUGUCCUGCUCUGAAGGCUAUAUUUGAGCAUGGUCUAAAGAAGUCAACCAUUUUAGGUGGUCACUGCCAUCCUUGGCUUUUCAUAGAAGAGGCUGCCACUAGAGAGGUGGAGAAAGAUUUCCAGAGUGUCUAUUCCAGACUUGUCCUGUGCAAAACCUACCGGUUGGACGAAGAUGGCAAAGUCCUGACACCCGAGGAAGUUUUAUACAGGGCAGUACAGGCUGUUAACAUAAGUCAUGAUGCCUGUCAUGCACAGAUGGAUGUCAAAUUCCGCUCACUUAUUUGCUGUGGACUCAAUGAACAAGUCCUACACCUGUGGCUGGAGACCCUGUGCUCGUGUAUGGAUGUGAUAGAGAAGUGGUACCACCCCUGGUCCUUUAUGAGGAGUCCUGGGUGGGUGCAGAUCAAAUGUGAACUUAGGCUGCUGAGCCAGUUCUCCUUCAGCCUGUCCAGGGACUGGGAGCUACCAAGGCAAAUGGAUUCAUUCAGGCCAUUCAAAGAGGGUGUCAAGGACAUGCUAGUGAAGCACCAUCUGUUUAGCUGGGAUUUGUGAGCUAGGGGACACAGUCCAGUGAGACACACGUCAUGCUGGUCCAUGGGCAGGAGGUAGUAGUGUGCUACAGACACAAUCAAGAGACACAGUUUUGUAAUCUGUGAACCAGACACACACAGUUGUUAGCCUGUGGUGUACAGACAGCUCUAUAUAUGUGGUCCAUAGACACAUUUACAAUGUUCUCUGGUCCACAGACACAUUUGUGUUGGUCUGUGGCCCACAGACACAAGUGUAUGUAGUCAACAGUUACAUUGUUCUGUGGUCCACAGACACAAGUGUAUGUCUGUAGUCAAGUUACAUUGUUCUGUGGCCCACAGACACAUUUGUGUUGGUCUGUGGUCCACAGACGUUGGUCUGUGGCCCACAGACACAUCUGUGUUGGUCCAUGGACCCAAGGAUCUCUUGUUGCAUUCAUGGUAGCUAGGCAGGCAAAAAUUAGUUAUUUGUAACUUUGUAAUUCCUCUGGCUCAACUUAGUAAAAAAAACUUCUAGUUAUUUCAGAACAGUUGUUUUUUUUUAACUAAUGAAUGAAUACUAAAAAUAACACACUUAAUUUAAUGUUCAAAAUCUUUUAUCAAUAUUUUUACUGUAAAGGUUUUGACAAAUGAAAUUUUUAUCAACUUUGUUGCUUUAAAAACAUAUUAGAAUAAUGUAUUGUUAACAACUGCAUAAUUCCUGGGUAUAAAUUAAUCUGCCAUUGUAUUGGUCGGUGACAUGUAAACAUUAGGUUACUACGACAUCUUGUAGUUACACCAGAUGUCCAGGGUGAAUUCUUGUUAUAAAUGUUAUGUUGUGCAAUAAACAAACAGGCUGUGCAAGAAUCGUAUUGAAUUAUGUUGAUCAUUAGCCUGCUGUUGGUACAGGCACUGUGGUAGCUUAAAUAUGUAUGUGCAUGGAGCACUUGCUUCAGUAAUUAACAUACACUUUAGUUAGAGGUUAAUUAUUUUUAACAACUUUUUGGACAGAUCAAACAAUGAUUUGACAGAUCAGGGUAUGUACUCCAUGACAAUAAUUAACCAUUGACAAAAGUGGUUAGACAUUAUCUAUUCCAUGACAAGUACAAACUGUUCCAACAAUGAUUUGACAGAUCAGGGUAUGUACUCCAUGACAAUAAUUAACCAUUGACAAAAGUGGUUAGACAUUAUCUAUUCCAUGACAAGUACAAACUGUUCAGACAAUGAUUUGACAGAUCAGGGUAUGUACUCCAUGACAAUAAUUAACCAUUGACAAAAGUGGUUAGACAUUAUCUAUUCCAUGACAAGUACAAACUGUUCAGACAAUGAUUUGACAGAUCAGGGUAUGUACUCCAUGACAAUAAUUAACCAUUGACAAAAGUGGUUAGACAUUAUCUAUUCCAUGACAAGUACAAACUGUUCAGACAAUGAUUUGACAGAUCAGGGUAUGUACUCCAUGACAAUAAUUAACCAUUGACAAAAGUGGUUAGACAUUAUCUAUUCCAUGACAAGUACAAACUGUUCCAACAAUGAUUUGACAGAUCAGGGUAUGUACUCCAUGACAAUAAUUAACCAUUGACAAAAGUGGUUAGACAUUAUCUAUUCCAUGACAAGUACAAACUGUUCCAACAAUGAUUUGACAGAUAAGGGUAUAUACUCCAUGACAAUAAUUAACCAUUGACACAAGUGGUUAGACAGUGUAUCUACUCCAUGACAAGUACAAACUGUUCACUGAUUUGAACACUACCUUGCUAAGAUGUUGUUUAGUUACGUAUGUUCUGUCACCAAUUUUAUUCCAUUCCUUGCUUGAGUACCUCCAGUCUUUGUACAUUUAUGCUGGAAAACAUUUUACUUCCACUGAAUUUUAUAUUUCUUUCAAUAGAUUAGAGACUUUAUUUUUUUUAUUUUUGCAUAUUUAUUUAAUCAUUUAGCAUAGUACAUAAAUAAUGAAUUUUGGUUGUGAGUUUUAAUAAUUUAUUUAGAAAUUGUGUUGGUUUAGUUUUUUAUUAAAUUUUUAAUAGAUGUAGAAGUAGCUGUUUUUCUUAUUGUAAAUAAUGAAUUUAAAAAAAAAGUUUUAUUUUGUUCUACGUCAUUAAAAGGCUCAAACUUAGUCCUGUAUACAGGACCUUAGAUAUAUUAUAAUUAUAGGGCUCAACAAUCCUAUGUCACCAGCAUAGUGUUAAUACUUCUAGUCAUUAUGUUCCACCUAUUCCAUGUUGAUCUAGACUUUACAAGUGAUCUGAGUUGAUUUUAUUUAUUUUUACCAGAAUAUUCAUAUUUGUGAUUUAUAUCUGUCAUGCAUUUUUU